CGGAAGCGGGCGCCGCGCGGCCGGAGUCUCGCGCGCUCCGCGCUGUCCCGCCACGCCCGGCCGGGCCCCACGAUGGCGCAGGAGCCCGGGCUAGCCGCCUCUGCGCCUCCCGGUUCUCAGGCCCUUCUGGACGUUGUGCUCCAGAAGCUCUACGACUUUGGAGAGACGGAAGAUGAAGCAGAGCAGAAAAGGAUCAGAAAGAAAAGAGAGAAGAAAAGAGAUAUGGGGACCCCAGCGGCCUUGGUAGCAGAGCCAGCUCUCCAACCUGGAUCUCUUGUCAGAGGCCAGAGGAAGAGUGCUUCCAGCUUCUUCCAGGAACUCCAGGAGGAGCUGCAGGGUUUUCCCGCCAUGACCCCUGGUGGUUUCCCUUCAGGACCUGUAGUCUCUAGUGCUGCAGUAGCCCCCUCUCCCCUGAGGAGCGACAGGGAACCCGUAGAAGUGGUGGAAUUUCACAGCAGAAGUAGAAAAAGAAAACAGAAGCCCGAUCAAGAUGAGAACACAAAGACCAAAACUAGCAUCCUCGAGAAAGAUGUGGAUAUACAAGAGUUUAACUUAGAAAAGGCUCGUUUGGAAGUGCACCGGUUUGGGAUCACAGGUUAUGGAAAAGGAAAGGAGAGAGUCCUGGAGCAGGGACGCGCCAUUAUGUUGGGCGCUAAGCCUCCCAAAAAUAGUUAUGUGAAUUACAAGGUUUUGCAGGAGCAAAUCAAAGAAAAAAAGUCAGCAAAGGAAAAAGAAAAGAGAACGGCCCAGGACACAGAUAUUUUCAAGAAAAAGAAGAGGAAAGGACAGGAAGACAGGAAAUCCAAAAAGAAGAAAUCGGCUCCCAGUAUUUUGUCAAGUAGACGGAUUGGACAGGUUGGAAAAUUCAAAAAUGGGACACUGAUUCUGAGCCAAGUUGAUAUCAAAAAAAUAAAUUCUUCCAGAGUGGCUAAAUGAAGUACUUUAUAAAAUAAAGAGAGAAGUGGGAAAGUGCCAGUGUACUGAAACUGGACCCCUACAAGACUUCCAGAUUAUUAUUAUUUAUUUCAUAUUUCAUAGACUGCUCUUUUAUUUUAGGGAACAAAAUCAAAUUGAAAUAAUAAAAUUUCUAUCUGC